CUCAAGUUGAAAAUUGAGAUCCCUGCAAACCGGUGCGACCUUUUGAGCACUGAGCUGAUCGCCGACGCACUGGUGCGCUUCGAGAAUCCGGCGCGCGCGCUGGCGUUGCGUCCCAAGCACGCUUGCGCGCCGCGCAUCACGCUGACCGUCGAGGCCGCCGCUGCCGACGUGCGCCCGUACUGCGUUGCCGCGGCUUUCCGCGGUGUCGCAUUCUCGCCGCCGGCGCUCCGCAGCUUUAUCGAGCUGCAGGACAAGUUGAACUUCAACAUCGGCCGCCGCCGCCGGCUGGUCGCGAUCGGCACGCACGACAUGGACAAGUUGCAGACGCCGCUGGUCUACACCGCGCUAGACCGGCGCGACGGCUUCCGCUUCGUGCCGCUUGCGCAAACCGCGGAGGUCAACGGCGAAGGCAUGCUCGAGGCGUUGCAAGACUCUUAUCUCAAGCCUUACCUCGACCUGAUCGCGCAGAAGCCAAAGUUCCCCGUCGUGCUGGACGGCCGCGCGCGCGUCUGCUCCGUGCCGCCCAUUGUCAACGCGGACUUCUGCAAGUUGACGCAGGAGACGACCAGCGUCUUCGUCGAGAUCACGGGCUCUGACUACUACAAGAUGCUUACGGUGCUCGACGUGAUCAGUUGCUUCUUUGUUUCGCUGACUGGCCGUGCCGAUGUCACCGAGCCGGUGCGCGUUGACUAG